AUGUCGGCUGCGCUACGCUUCGUGGUGCAUAGUGGAUGGGGCAUACUGCUCCACAGCGAGCAAAUGCGAUUCAACCAGAGGUUGACAGAUAAUGUGGGAGUCUAUUCAAGGCUUAUCGAGAGCAAACUUGAUUCAGGACAAAGCGCGUGGGGUUUGUUUCACGCGAGAGAUGCGGUAAGAGAGUCUGGAAAGAAGUGGAAUUUUGCGCAGCUUCUUUCAAACCACCGAUACUGCAAAAGCAGUGAUCCUCGUGGCAUGGUUUAUGCUCUCCAGGGAGUGGCGCGAAAGGCUCGCAGGCCGUUCGAUACCCAACCUAAGCUCUUAGAUAUCGAUUAUCGAAUCUCUGUUCAGCAACUCUACACUCGGACAGCUAAAGAAUUGCUUCGAGCCUGGGGCGACUUGGGAUUUCUCGCCCAGAGAGAGCAGCAAUCCCGUACUCGAAUUGUUGGACUGCCUUCAUGGGUUCCUGAUUACAGCGUUGAGCUAAUGCCUAAACCACUCUAUAAAAGGGGGCCGAACUGCAACUGGUGCGCUUCCGGUGCAAUCAAAUGGAGGCAAGACGAUCGAGACCUCGAAGACAGACUGCUAGAGGUGCAGGGCAUGUCCGUUGGAGCAGUCGAAGCGACGGCAGCAGAUCCAACUCGUCUAGGCGAGGAAGACCUGCAUAUGUUUUAG